AUGGUAGAUGUUCCUCGAAAUUUUCGUUUACUGGAAGAACUUGAAGAUGGGCAGAAAGGCAAAGGUGAUGGCAAUAUAUCAUGGGGACUUGAAGAUGAUGAUGAUAUGACAUUGACGCGUUGGACAGGAAUGAUUAUUGGCCCUCCAAGAACUCCAUUCGAAUCCAGAAUAUAUAAUUUACGCAUUGAAUGUGGUCAAAACUAUCCAAAGGAAGCACCAACUGUACGGUUUACGACAAAAAUCAACCUGAACGGCGUAAAUCAAGUUAAUGGCAUGGUGGAUAGGCGAUGCGUACCCGUUCUUCGUCAGUGGAGUAGCACUUUUUAUAUCAAAACGAUUCUUGAAGAUAUACGAAAGACAAUGAUGACUGCAAAAGAGAAUAUGAAGUUACCACAACCUCCAGAGGGUGCCACAUAUUAG